AUGAUGUAUUUAAUUGAACAAAAUCUACGAUUGAUCGAACAAAAGCAAAAAUUAAAAGCUAUGUUUUAUAUCAAUUAUUAUCUUCGACAUUCUUCAACGGUAUUAGAAACGAUUCCACAUAGACACAGGAAAGACGAUGAACUUAUUGGUUUUUCCAGUAAUUUAAUAAUUAAUUCAAACAUCAAGAAUCCUUUUACGAAAGAAGAAUUAGCAUUAUUAAAUCGUGGCCCUUCCUAUAUCAUUCCUUGUCAAUUACAAGUUUCAUCAUCAUCAAACAAUAAAUCAAAUAAUCGGCUCGCAUCAGAACAAUUUACGAAAUUAGAAACUCAAAUAAUCAAUCGAAUAAAAUCAUCUUUCUACGAUUUACCACAAACAACAGCAUUGCUACGUAAACUUAAAGUUCAAUUUGGAACUAUGUUUAAUGUAUUUAUACCAACAUCUUUAAGACAACGUUCCAUAUAUGAGCAACAACUCGUACAAGCCAUUCAGGAAUCAUUGAAGAAGAAUCAUUUUAUUCUACGACGAACAGCAAAUCAUUCGAAUCAAAUUUAUCUAACGAAACAAACCGUAUUUCAAGAGAAAUGUCAUGAAUUUAUGAUUCAAUAUAAAGAUCAAUUCGAGUUAUUAUAUUCUGUAACAAGUGAUAAUUAUAUGGAUAUUUAUUUGAAAAUCAAUGAUAAAAUUGUGACAAUGAAUAGAAUUAUAGAAACUUUAUUUAAACAAAAACAUAUUUCUAAGGAAUUCUAUCAAAAAUUAUUGAUUCAUGGAGAAGAUAUAAAAUUAGGAUAUAUGUAUUUUUUACCAGAUAUAUCAAUGGAAAAUGAUUUUUACCUAUUUGUCAAACCGAUGUUUUCAAUGGCGAAGAGUCUCACUUGGAAUAUAGCAAAUUUUCUUCAUCGAGUCCUUCAACCAACAUUGUUCUAUCUUCUUAAAUCAAUUCUAGUUUCAAAUGAUUGUGAUUUUUUUGCAAGACUUAAUCAAUAUUAUAAGUUAGAACAUCACCAUCAAUUUUCUUCAUCAACCCAAUUUGUACGAAUUAAAAUUAAAAAUUAUUCGACAAUGUAUUCCUAUGAAACCAUCAUGAAACAAAUUACCGUUGUGUUAAACAAGUAUCCAUGUGAACAAAUAUCGAUUGGAACAAUCAGACAAUUAUUAGACUUAUAUUUCAAUUCAAAUUGGUUUUUCUUUGAAAAAAAUAUUUUUCGUUUAGUGCAUGGUAUGCCAGAAAGUUUACAUUUAAGUGAAUUAUUAAUGAUGAUAGCUUCAUAUCCAUGGCAACAGACGAUUCUAAAUGAUUAUCGAUUGAAGAGAGAAUUCUUUGUUCGAUAUAAAGAUGAAAUAUUCUUUACGUGGAAUUAUACCGACCAGGAGCUUGCUCGUUUUCUUAAAUUGAUUGAAGAAACACAUCGAGAUGUUCAAAUGGAUAUAACAUUCGGCUUUCACAUCCAAUAUUUAAAUGCUUCCAUCGAAAAUCAAUCGGGACAAUUACAUACACGUAUGUAUGAUUCCAUUGAUCAUACUUCCAAAUUAAACCUACCGUAUGUAAAUGCACAAUCUAUCGACCAGUCUCAACUUUAUUUUCGAUCAGCAUUAGUACGAAUAGUAUCCGUAUGUAGUAGUUAUGAAGAUUUUGUACAAGAACGUAUCUAUCUAGAAAUGGCCUACUUAAGAUUGGGUCAUUCGAUCGAUUUAAUUGAAUUUGAAAUGAAACAUUUCUAUGAUUACUUUCAUAUCCAUGAGCAUCGAUUUAAUAUGAAUCAAACAAUGUACGAGAAGUUACGUACUGAUCUUUUGGUUUUUUUGACUAGUCAACGUGCAUCAUUCGACCCUGAAUUAGAGCUAGAAUCAAACGAAUCUGUUCUACGUUUGGAUUAUUUCUACGAUUAUGGUUCAAAUACACAAUUUCAAUUAAAAUUUCAUGAACUAUGGUCUCAUUAUAUGAAAACAUGUUCAUCAUUAUCAACAAAAAAAUUGAAAAUUGCUUUAUAUGGAAAACAUGUUUUUUCUCUCAAUACUCUAUUAACGAAACAGGACUCUACAAAUCAACAAUUGAAAAUAAGUUGCUCGAAUCACGAAUGA